UCUACUACGUCAAUCGCUUAUAUGUAUUAAGCGUACGUCUUGGAGUUACCCGCCAGCUACAGUAACCGACGCCCACAUAUUUGCAAUGGAAGAUCGACACGGUAGAUCUAGGCAGACCUCUCUUUCCUGCACAACCACUACUUUCUUCCAUUGGAUCCGGGCUGUUCGACAUGCGCUUCUGGUCUCGAAUUCUUAAAGAUGUAAUAGUCAAAAACUCGUAAACUAGGGCCGCCAGCAUUAGAAGUCUCUUGUACUUCACCUAAUUGACCAGGCGGCGUUUCUUUUCCGAGGAUUCGCAACGUAACGCCAUCUGUUACUGACACUGAGGAUACCUACCUUGGUAUGUCGUGUAUAUCGUCAUAUAAAACCUACUACUGUAUGCCUCACAUUCCAUCGCCUCCUCUGCGAGCCAAAGCAGAAAACCGAGCCUCUCAAACCAAGCCCAUCACCACCAACAUGAAGUUCCUCUCGUCGUUCGCCCUCGCUCUCAUCCCCACAUGCGCUAUGGCCAUAACCGCCGGCUAUGACAAUGGCUACGGCGUCGGGACCAACUCACUCCGCAGCGUUGCUUGCUCCGAUGGCUCCAACGGUCUUUUGACCAAGGGCUACACCACCUACGAAAGCCUCCCCUCCUUCCCGUACAUCGCGUCGUCCUCCGCCGUCGAGACUUACAACAGCGCAAACUGCGGUACAUGCUGGAACUUGACGUACACGGGGCUGGGAGAGCCGCGCAAUAUCACGGUCUUGGCUGUAGAUCAUGCCGAUUCGGGAUUUUAUACGUCGUUGGAAGCGUUCAAUAAUUUGACGGACGGACAUGCCGUUGAGUAUGGGAUCGUGGAUGUUACGGCUGUCCAAGUCAAUGCGUCAUACUGUGGGUUGUAAAGGAUAAGAACGGGUGGUUUCUCCUUUUUUUCCGGACUUCUUGAAUUAGCUUGAACAUACUGAAGUGUUUUCAAAUUGUAUCUAUUCUUUUUCUUGUAUAUCUUGUUUUGGAUUGUAGAUCUAUUCGGACCAUCUAUUUACAUCAGUCAGAAUGCGCUUUCGUAUCGGUUCCGAAUUGAGAUUGGAUGACAUUAAAAUCAUGUGUAUUCAUUGGGAUCGUAACAUAGAAAAGAAGCAAAAUUAAGUCAUCCCAUAACGAAUGACAAGGGAAGCGAGGAUUCAAAAUGGGCAUUAGGAGAAUAAGUACAGUAUCCAGCGAACGAAAGAAAUAGAACAAACAGUCAUG